UCGUUGCCUUUUGGGCGGUUGGAGCUGGUUGCCGUGGUUACCGAGGCCUAGUGUUCGGCUGCGAGCCCCGAGCUCGAGUACAACCGAGUAUCCUGUCAAACCGGCAAGCUGCUGGAAGGAUGGAUUCGCGAUCCUUCAAAAACCCCUACACAGACUAUGAAGGCCCGGCGUCGACGGAGAAGUUGUUCGACUCCGCGGGACAUUUAACAAGUGGCUUCAUUCAGCAUCUAAAAAGCAAGAUCAGUGAUUUGCUGCAGCAUAUGGAAAAUGGGCUUGUAAAAGCUGAUCGAACUGAUUGCAGCAUCUACGUGGGUUGGACAGGGAUUGCCUUGCUGUACCUGCAUCUGCACAAUGUGUAUGGUGAUCAAAAUUAUCUUCAAAAAGCUGUCCAAUACAUAAAUCAAAGCCUGAAAGGCCUUACUGGGCGUGUGGCGACCUUCCUGUGCGGUGAUGCAGGACCCCUGGCUGUAGCUGCAGUUGUGUACCAUAAGUUGCAACAAAUACAAGAAUCGGACAAUUAUAUCAAUAAGCUUCUCCGUCUACAUCAAUCUGUGGUGAAAUCAAAUUCAAGACUACCAGAUGAGCUGCUGUAUGGUCGGAUGGGUUAUCUUUACGCAUUAUAUUUUGUUAAUGAACAGUUUGGCAGUGAGAGGAUCCCUUUGCAGCACAUGAAAGAGAUCUGUAGUGACGUUGUAACAUCUGGAGAAAAACUGGGCGGCAAAAAAAGAUUUUCCAGCUGCCCAUUGAUGUAUGAGUGGUAUCAGGAGCAUUAUGUUGGAGCAGCUCAUGGUUUGGCAGGAAUCUAUUAUUUCCUGAUGCAGCCAGAAUUCGGGAUUGAUCAAGAUACACUUCUUAAAAUGGUGAAGCCCAGUGUGGAUUAUGUUUGUCAACAGAAAUUUUCAUCGGGCAAUUAUCCUGCAAGUAUAGGCGAAUCCAGAGAUAAUCUAGUUCACUGGUGCCAUGGGUCGCCUGGAGUCAUUUACAUGCUCAUACAGGCUUAUAAGAUUUUCAAGGAUGAAAACUAUCUGAAAGAUGCUGCAGAUUGCUGUGACGUAAUUUGGCAAAGAGGGCUGUUAAAAAAAGGAUAUGGACUAUGCCAUGGUCCUGCUGGGAAUGCCUAUGCUUUUUUAGCCAUGUUCAAUCUUACUCAAGAUAAGAAGUAUUUGUACAGAGCCUGCAAGUUUGCAGAAUGGUGUCUUGAUUAUGGGAAACAUGGCUGUAGAACACCGGACUCUCCUUUCUCUCUCUUUGAAGGGGUGGCAGGAACUGUUUACUUCCUUGCUGACUUGUUGCAACCUACCAAGGCGAAGUUCCCAGCAUUUGAAGUAUAAUUCAAACAUCGCAUCAAUGUACGGCGUUGGAUGUGAUGUAUUGUUUUCUUUUGCACGUUGCAUGUUUCUGUUUAGAAUUUUGGAUGUCAAACAUAGUGCUGAUGGUGAGAUUUGCUUAACCUAGCAGUCCUACUCUGCUUAACUCCAAUGUAGCUUAAGUUUAAAAAAAUCACUUUCUGGAAUACAAUAUCUUGGAUUUACUGUAUUGGGUGAUACAUGAUAAAACUAGGAAAAUGCUAUUGUUCUGAAACAAAAUGAUUUGCCAGUGACAGAUGCCAUAAGCUCUCAAAUGUUUAGGAUGAUUUCACCAUAUUAUAACAGUUCUGACAGUGCUGCACAUAAAAUAAUUUGCAGUGCCAGUGUACAAUUUAUUUUCUAUGUUUAAGAAAUGUUUUUGUUACCAUUUAUUAUGUUUGUCCUAUCGGACGGCAUUAAAGUUAUUUUGAAAAUCA